UUUGGGCCUCCUGGAACGGGUAAAUCGACCUUGAUUGGUGCCAUGGCGAAUUACCUCAAAUUUGAUAUCUAUGAUCUGAACCUCAGGGAGGUUCGAAUGAACUCUGGGCUUAAUAGGCUGCUUGUUUCAAUGAAGAACAAAUCACUGCUUGUUAUUGAAGACAUUGACUGUUCCAUUGAUUUUAAGAACAGGAAUAAUGAUAAAAAGAAUGAAACCAACAAGUCUCGUAAUGAUGAGAUAAGCCUUUCUGGAUUGCUGAACUUCAUUGAUGGGCUGUGGUCGACAAGCGGCGAGGAGAGGAUCGUCGUAUUUACAACUAAUUAUAAAGAAAAGCUUGAUCCUGCAUUGCUGAGACCUGGAAGGAUGGAUAUGCAUAUAAAUAUGGGUUAUUGUGGGCCAAAUAGUUUCAGGAUUUUAGUAUCUAAUUACCAUGCCAUUGAUGAGCAUCUCAUGUUUGAGGAGAUUGAAGGGUUGUUGAAAGAGGUGGAGGCCACGCCGGCUGAAGUUGCAGAGCAAUUGAUGAGAAGUGAUGAUGUUGAUGUUGCUUUGGAGGGUCUGAUCCAGUUUCUGCGUGGAAAGAGGGACGAAGAUCAGGGAAAUGAAGGAAACGGAGAAGAUGAUAAAGAUGAAAAAUUGGUACUUGUCGAGAAGGAAGAAGAACGAUUGGAGAGCAGUGUGGAGGAUCAGUAAGCUGAAGAAGUAAUUGUUGGAGCUGUAAAUUGCUGAGAGAAUUACUACGGCUUUAUUUGGGAUAA